AUGGACGCCGACGACCCCGCCGCCGCGCCCUCCGCACCGCCCGCCUCCGUCGCCGCCUUCUUCGACGCCCCCGACGCCCUCCCCACACCCCCUCCUCCCCCCUCCCCCCACACCCCGUCCUCCUCCACCCUCCGCCGCCGCCCGCGCCGCGCCCAAAUCCUGAAGCAGCCCGAUGACCCCGUCUCCCCCUCGGCUUCCGCCUCAUCCACCGUCACCGCGGCCGAUGAGCCCGACAAGGACAAGGCCAAGCACGAUUCCGAUUCCGAUUCCGAUUUCGAUUCCUCCGAGGCCACCAGCGCGCCCCGUUCUCCCACUCCCCUCGAGGAGGAGGUGGACCAGAAGGACGCGGAGCCGGCGGCCCCCGAGGCGAAUGUGGAGGAGAAGGACGCGGAGCCGGCGACCCCCGAGGCGAAUGUCGACGAGAAGGACGCGGAGCCGGCCACCCCCGAGUCGGAUGUGAGCGAGAAGGACGCGGAGCCGGCGUCCUCCGAGGAGGAGGUGGACGAGAAGGUCGCGGAGCCGGAGGCCUCGGCGACGGAUCACAGGCCGACGGCGCCGCCGCCGGUCUUUCUCGAGUCCCUCGCCAUGCUGGUCAUCAAGGCCGUGGCUUUCCAGGUCAGCGCGCUCGUCGCCUGCCUCGUGUUCCCCUUCCGGCUGAUGCAAUGGUGGUACCUGUUCGUGACCGACCCGCUGGGCUCGGCGCAGCGGGCGAGGGACUGGGCUCUCGGGGUGGCGGGGCAGGCCACCGGCGCGGUGAACGCGUGGCUCGGAGCGGGGGAGGGGGUGGCGCGCGUGGUGGCGAGGCUGCUCUGGGGCUCGCUCUGGGCCAUGUACGUCUGCAUGGUGCUCUGCGCGCUGCUCGCUAUGGCGUUCACGGCAGGGGGGCUCUUGGUGGGGAAAGUGGUGGAGGAGCCCGUUCAGGUGACAGAGAACCUGAAUUUCGACUACACCAAGCCUAGACCUGUGGCGUUUGUGCCGGUGGGCCGGCUGGUGCCGCCGCACCAGCGGAUGCAGCUCGAGGUGUUGCUGACGCUGCCCGAGUCGGAUUACAACAGGAGGCUCGGGGUUUUCCAGGUAAGGGCAGAGCUUCUAUCUGCAGAUGGGAAAGUGGUCACUGCUUCAAGCCAACCAUGCAUGCUAAAGUUCAAGAGCGUCCACAUGCACUUCAUAGAAACUUUCCUCCAAAGCGUUUCUCUCUUGUCCGGCUACUCUUCGGAGUCUCAGGUGAUCAGACUAAAAAUGACGGGCAUUAAGCAGGCUUUCGAACCAAUAACAGGAGUAAGGAUACUGCUCGAGCAACGAGCCGAGUUUGCCACUGGUGCAGGCAUCCCGGAGAUCUAUGCCGCGUCGCUAAAGCUCGAGGCCGAGCUUCCUCUGCUCAAGAAAGUGCUCUGGCACUGGAGAUGGACCAUGUUUGUGUGGAGCAGCAUGGCGUUCUUUGCCUUCGAACUGUUGCUUGCCGUCGUUUGCUGUAGACCCUGUAUAUUUCCCAGGAGUUGACAUAAUGCGGUGUAGCUCCUCAGGGUAACUCUUGUAAUGUACACUUGAAAAUAAAUGUACAAGGAGGCGCCACUAUGUCAUGAUA